UUUAACCAGAUGAUGCCACAUUUAAACUACAAGAAAGCGCUAAAUAAAAAUAUCGCUACUGGGCCUAUAGUAAACAAACAGCGAGAACAGAAGACCGGAAGUGAUCAACCACCUUUCUCGCCGUUUCACGCGUUUCGCAACAUAACGUCGAGAAUUCAUGAGUCGGCAAUCAUACGGUAUUAUCUAUGAUGGCAUCCGUCAAGCACAAUCUACUGAGAAAUAUCUUUCUCUAGGUUUAGGGUUCGGGUUAGGUUUAUGAAUUACAUGUCAAACGUACAAAUUGAAGCUGUAACAACGGUGGAUUGUGGCUAAAACUAUUCUGAAGGGUUAGGGUUAGAAUUGUGGGUAUAAAUUAAUAUACACGGAAAGAUAUUUCUCAGAUCGGGAAAAUCUACUACACUAGUAGUACUAGGGCCUACUAGUACUACUUUAUCGUGCCCUCGCGUAUUAUCUAUGGUUAGAUGAGGGGACGUAUUUUUUAACAGAGUGUUGUGCCGAUCAUACUGGUUCUAGGAGGGGUACAAACCGUACAAUUGCACAAGUGAAAAUGGAUUCAUCACUUGUAUCACAUGAUUCAUGUAGUAAUAACAUCAUCCUUGAUGAAGGUUCGACUGUAGCAUCAUGGAAAGAUAGAAGUCCUCAUUUCUUCCGCUCUACAAAUUUAUUCACAACUUCAUCACACACUGAGGAAUUUGAGUAUAGUGGAACUGGUCAUGGAUCCGUCAUGCUCAUGUCUGGUGAUGCUGUUGUAUUAAGGUGUUCUAUUAAAUUGAAAAAGGAAUUUGGUAAAGGAUAUAUCAAAAAUAUAAAUGAAGGUGUUGAGAUAAUUGUAAAUAAUAAAAGCCAAACUAUCAAAUGGUCUACAGUUAAUCAAACACUUGGAUUACAUAUCUGUUUUGAUAUACGCUUUGGAAAUAUGGUUUUUGAUAUAGGAACAGCACCUGUCAACUCUUUUAUACCACUUGAUGAAAUGGGAAAUGUGAAUGGCACCAAGCUUAAGCUCUACAAUGAAAAUCCUGGUGCUUAUGUUGCGUAUGAAAUGCCUUUGAAAGAAAAAGAAAUAAGACAAAUUGAUGUUUUGGGUAAUCCAAAGGCCAAUUGGUGGACUGUCGGCAUAUUUUUAUCAAAUUCUGGUUUAACAUCAAUGCCAAAUACGAGGAACUUAUUUAUGGUAAAAAAAUUUGAUAAAAAGUGUCAGGGAGCAAUUAGCAUAUGGUUGACAUCUGAUGGAAAGAUUCAUUGUUAUUUUCAAGAUCAGUGCUGUACUAAAGAGAUUGAUAAUCCUAUACACCUGUCUCAAGAAAUAUUUUUAUGGAUUGAACUCUUUAGAUGUAAGAUAAGUGUUAAAUCACUGCCUUUAUAUGACGGUGAGGUCCCUGGCUAUGUUAAACUUACAAGAGACGAAGAAAAUGUGAUGGCUAUGACAGAUCUACCAAAGAAUAUCAGAGCUAGAGGAAGUCCGCCAUUUGAGUCUUCUAUAACAUGCAAAUCAGCUCGAUUAGAUGGUUCAUUUCGCUAUGCUAUACAGGAAACAGCAAAUGAAAACACUGUCCCCAAAGUUAUAGAUGACUCCCUAAGUGAUGGAAGUAUAAAUGAUCCUGUAGCUGUGUCAGAUCUAAAAGAUUUGAUCGACAAUUUGUCUUUGACACAGAAUAUGAUCCAAUCUCAUCCAGGGCCACAUUUUAAAAAGAUGUAUUUGGGUAUGGAAAGGGAAUUCAAAGCUCGACUUCAGUAUUUAGAAAAUAAUCAAAAUUACUCUUCUUAUGAUCUUGUUAAUCUUAAAUCUAAAUUUGCUGAUACUUUUUCAUCUUUGCAUGCCCAUGAACAUAUAUUUUAAUCUUUAAAAGAAAAAAUUUCAAACAUCUAAAAUCAUUUAUUUUCAAACUGCUGCCCUGCAUGUCAAUGACCGCCCUAGACAUUCGGCAAUUUGCUAAUGCCGACAAUUUUUUUUAUUGGCGAAUAAAGUGAUGAUACUAGCGAAAAUUUUGGCGAAUGAAUUUUAGAGAGUGUUAUUUCGUAAAUCUGCUAAUAUUAUUAAACUUGAAAUCGUCUUGUUCAAGGCUUCUUUCGAUUGCCUCAAUGGAGUGUCUAUUUUUGUCCCCCGCCUUUCGAAGAAAGCAGGGGACUAUUAAAAUGGGUUCGUCUGUCUGUCCGUCACACUUUUUGGACACAAUAACUCUCUUUCUAAUUGAGCUAGAAUGUUCAAACUUGGAGUAGGUGUUUAUUAGGUCAAUACCUUGAUGGAGUUCAAAGAUGAGCAUUUUCCGCUUAGGGUAAGCAGAGUUAAGCAAUUUGAUUGGUUGAUGCUUUGGGACACGAUAACUUAGUCCUAAUUAAGUGAGAGGGAUGAAACUUGGUGUAUAGUUUCAUUACAUCAAUACCUUGACUAAGUUCGAUAAUGAGCGUUUUCUGCUCAGGGUAAGCAGAGCGUUAAGCAAUAUGAUUGGCCAACAUUUUGGAACACAAAAACUCUCCUUCUAAUUGAGCUAGUAUGUUCAAACUUGGUGUAGGCAUUCAUUAGGUGAAUACCUUGAUGUAGUUCGAUUAUGAAUAUUGUCUGCUACUGGUAGGCAGAGAUAAUCAAUCUGAUUGGUUGAUGCAGGGGUGUGCUGGCCCCAAAGGGGCCCGGGAGGACGGGCCUAACCUGUCGGUCGUCAAAGUCAAACCGCGCGCCGAAGGCGACCCGCUGGUAGGGGGGUCUUGGGGGGUUCUCCCUCCAGAAAAUUUUUGAAAUUUGACAACAGGAAACGCAUUUUGCAAGCACUUCUGGGAGAAAUCUAGGUAUCAUAUAUUCCAAAUUUAUGCUGCUAUUUUGACUAUAAGACAUACUACUGUACUACACAAGACACUCAUGACAGGUCUGCUUAAGAUAAUGCUAAUACAAUGUAUUUCUAUCCAAAUAAUAAAUUGCAUCUUAUACAUAUCGAGGCAUGAAUACAUGUAUCAAAGACCAUUUCACCUUAAGGUGACAGACAUUUGCACGUCAGCAUAAUAUAUUUACUCUCAAUUUUUUGAGGGGAUUCCGCGUGAAAAUUAGAGCUUAUACGGGUGGACUUAUUGUUUAAUGGGGGCCUGGGAGGACACCGUCCUCCUAAACUCCCUGCCAGCAUGCCCCUGGGUUGAUGCUUUAGGGGCACGAUAACUUUGGUUAUAAUGAAGUGAGAACCUUGAAACUCUGAAUAUAGAUCCAUUAUAUCAUUACCUUGACUAAGUUCAAUUGUGCAAAUUUUCUGCCUGGGCUAAGGAGCGAUAAGCAAUUUGAUUGGUCAAGACUUUGGAACAUAAAAACUCUGCUUUUUAUUGAGGUAGAAGGUUUAAACCUGAUGUAGAUGUUCAUUAGGUGAAUGUCUUGACUGAUUUCAAUGAUUAACAUUUCAAGCUAAAGCUAAGGCCUAAGCAGAGCUAAUCAAUUUCAUUGGUCGAUGCUUUGGGACAAGAUAAUCUUGAUUCUAUCUGAUAGAGAGUGAUGAGACUUAAGUGUGUAGUUUGAUUGCUCGAAACUUUUGAAAAAAAUAAAUGUGCGAUUAAUUAAUGUGUGUCGUCUAUUUAUUUUGGGAUCAGCCUCACUGUUGGCUUGUUAGUACAUUAAUUACUCUAGUUAAGUCUCAAUCUUACAAGUCUCAAAUCAGUCAAUGUUACGCAUUAAAACGACCGAAAGAUCUAGUCUCGAAAUUAUAAAACUAUCAGUUACGACGUCCCUUUUGUCUGGCACUGGGUUUGGCAUUUGCUUCACUACAAAUUUUCUUUACUCACACAGCAAAUAAAUAAAACGUACAAUAAUGACAACUCAUACUAGUAAACCCAAAAUUAAAAGGAUAUAUUCUUUUUUCCUUCCUACAAUUACUGUUAGUCCAGAAUCUACUUCUGAAAGUGAGAGUGUCAUCUCUGACGCAAGUCAUUCGUUGGCUUCAUCAACAUGUGGACAAAAAUUAGACCUAGACCGAGCUAACCCUCAAUGACCUCAUGUUUAUAAAAAUGGAUGGAUCGGAAAGCAUAAAUUUUGGAUUUGUCAGAGCAUUUGAUCAGUGGUGUCUUAAAAAGAAUCAUCGUGUCUUUUCUGUUAGGAUGAAUUAAUCAUGUGGCUGUGUGAAGUAAUCUAUCCUAUAAACAUUUUUUUGUUAUCUGCAUUCAUAUUCUCCAUAAUGUGAACUUUUGGACAGUCAAGGAGAUAAACAUUUAUUUUCAUUUUUAAUUAACAAACAUGAAUAAAAAUGAUGUAAAAUAUUUGGCUAAAACUUUCUGAAUUAGCUAAUAAAAUUUUAAUUUGGCUAAAGGUUUUAAGAGUCUAGGGCGGUCACUGCAUGUUAAAGAACCCUUGACAGUUGGAUAUAAAAAUAAAAGUAGAUCGUAUUGCUGUCCGGUUGAAAUUACUCUAAUAGCAUUAGCCUAAUUAGAGCAGAAAAGUAGGAAUAAAAAUCAUUAAACCCCAUUUUAUUUAAUUAAAAUGCAUUAUCUGUUAUUGACAGCAUUUUGGUGCAUUAUUUUAAAAUGUUUUAUACCAAUGAUAUUUUAGCCGAGAUGAGUUCUAGCAUUUUAUUAGUACUGUAUCAUAUAUCAGAAUUGCUUAAAGUAAUUUUGUCGAAAAAAUCUAUAAAUUUAUUUUGAUGCUGAUUUUUUGUUUUUGUAUAAAAUUGCUUUUUUAUGUUUAUGAAUUUAUAUGGGUUGGGUAAUUAGUAAGGCUUAUAACUUAACACAAUUUCUUACAACCCUUAAAAAUUGGCAUGCAUGUCUCAAAAUAACUAACAAUUCGAUAAACUGGACUAUAUAUUGUAACAAGAUUGAAUCAAAAUCAAAAUUGUGAAAGUUACUAUUGUUUAACCGUUGAAUUCGCUUUUAUUUUAUUACGUUCAACUUAUGCAACCUGAAAAUUGUCAAGUGAACCAGAUUUUUUUAAAUGCACAGUGUUCCACGACCUCAUGUCCUGACGUUACCCUCCCCCCCUUUUCCCAAAACGUGAUUGUGAUAUAUACUGCAGUUCUUAACAUAACAUUUAUAAUUAGCUGCAGGUUAAUUACAUAGUUAGGAGUUGUUAAUUAUUGUAUAUAUAUGAUUAAAUCAGAAUAUGUCAAUAUGUCUACAAUCUGAUUAAAACACAGAUCCUAUUUUGUUUCGUUUUUAUAGUUCAAAAUUUCGUUUUACUUGUCUUUACUACACUAGGAUCUGGAAGAGUUGUUAUCAUUGACGUGUUCUGAAUGGUGUAAGGAAUUAGACAAUGAAGCGGUCUGUUAUGGCGAGCUUUAGGCGUGUUUUGCAUGGAACUGUGGGUAAUCCACUAGUAACAUCAAUGCUGAUUGGUUAAUUAAAUGUCUUACAUCAUAGGGUCAAAAGCCGCUCGUAUGACCUCUGACGCGACCUAUCGCUACAACCGGUCAGCCAUCGAAAGUAUAAAAAAAAUGAAACGAAAUAUAGAUCUGUAUUUUAAUCAGAUUGACAUGUCUAUGUUUUGUGCUACUAUACUCUUCAAAAAAAAGUAGGGGAUAUUCAGAAACAAUACAAAACUGCGGAAUGCACAUCUGUUUUUAUUAGAGGUAACCCGUGUAUGUUAAUAACGGGCCAAUUGCCUACACAUGAACAUAAACAGUUCAUAUGGGCGGCUUAUCUGAUGGCUCCAAUUCACUCACAAAGAGAUACACUGUCAAAAGUGAAAAUGACGUUUUUGAUUUUUGUCUUAAUGAGUAAUUGCUCCACCAAUCCUCCGACAUUCAGCAAUUCGUCGUGGCAUGCUCCUAAUCAACCGUCCAAUCACGAUUUGGGGCAAUCUGACCCACUCUUCUUGCAUUGCCACAGCCAAUUCAUGCAGUGUUGUUGGUUGACGUUGAGGAACACGUCUCCCGAUCAAAUUAAACGUAAGACACUAAAGCAAAGAUAUGCUAAACAGUAAAUCUUAUGCAAGAACCAAUAGGAAAGCAAACAUGGAUAGGAUAAACCAGCAAGCGGCAGUUUUCAUCAACCCUUCCUUGAAGUAUCAAAUUUGACAAUGAACCCAUCCCACGUGCAGAUCGGUGGUUCUGUUGGGGCGAUAAGUACUUCAUCUGUGAACAUACUCUCAAAGCAUGUCAGGUGUCCAUGACUAUUUAUCAUAUCACAACCUGCAUAGGUAUUUGCAUUUCAAUAUCCCCUACUUUUUUUUUUUGAAGAGUAUAGCAUGGUGGCUCAUGUGUUUAUAACCCAUUCUUGCCCAGACAUGGAGCUAGGUUGGCUUAGUGGUUAGUGUGUUGGCUCACUUACAAGAUAGUCCCUGGUUCGAUGACAGAGAAAGUUCCUUGUCAGUGAUGCAGAACACCUGGCCUGGCAAGUAAAAACAAGAUCCUGAUUAAUAUACAGAUCUAUAUUAUGUUUCGUUUGUAUACUUUCAAUGGCCUCUACUACAUGAAGAUCUGACUAGUUGUAAUGGGAGGUCACGUCCGGGGUCAUACGAGCGGCUUUUGACCCUAUGACAUCAGACAUUUGAUUAACCAAACUUGCCGCAACAAACAGUUUCAUUGACUUAUCCCUCACAUCAACCAGAACGCAGGUUAUAUAACAACUCUUCCAGAUCCUAGUGUAGUGAAGACAAGUAAAACAAAAUUUUGAACUAUAAAAAACGAAACCAAAUAAGAUCUGUGUUUUAAUCAGAUUGGUGUACUUGUUGGAAUUCGAUGAGGAGUUACACAUUAAUAAACUGCUGUCAGUGCAAAAUUUUAGAUCAGUUAAAUUGGAACUCUAUCAGAAUUCCCUUUAAGAUUUUCACUUUUAUUAUUGACCUAUCAAUUUACCGAUUAAACGGACAGCCAAUUUGAUCAGAAAAGAGGACACACACAAUGGAAAUGAAAUGAAAUGGGGGUUUAAUGGCCAUACUGUUCUGCUCCGAACUGGGCUAAUGAAGACGGCAUACGCCAUACAGUGUGCUAUGAGGGGAAAUUUUGCCCAGGCAGCGACACUACAGCCUACUCUUAUAUCAAAUUCCAACUGUCAAUGUGUACUCGGGACCUCAGUUUUCCGUCCCAUCCGAACAACUAGACAGCUGUACUUGUCAGGUCCUCCAUUCUGUGCCACUGACAAGGGGAAACCACGCAGGAAAAUCCUGAUGAACUUUCUCGGCCAAUGCAGGGAUUGAACACAUGACCUUCAGGCUAUGGAUGUUUCUUGGAAUGGCCAUCGGAUGGCUGCCUUUCCUUAUAUUAUUAUUUCAUUUCUCGAAAAGCGAAGUUGAAUCAUUCUACUAACUGUAUAGAUACCUUUAUUAUGAAAAACCACGUUUGAAAAUAAACAACACCCAACGCCAAUUUAAUGUCCAUAAAAAAUUUGAUACCGAAAGAAUAAAAUUACCCGAUGCCCCCGCCCCCCUUUCAUCUGGCCCUUUGACUUCUAGGGUUAUGACCAUUUUACACUUUGUAAAAUCAAUCUUGUGAACGCUCAAUCAACAAAUUUAUUAAUACUAUAAUUUUAUUGUCCUUAAUUACACCAUAGAAUAUUGUUGAUAUAUUAUGGGAGAUUAUAUCACCGAAUAGUGAUACUAAUUUUUAGUUCUUUUUCAAAUUUUAUUUCAAGAAUACAUAAUUUAAUUCUUAACUCUUUAUUCACGUACAUAGGCAAUAAAGCUCACAUUAAGGUUAUUAGUCUGUCUGACUUUACUUUUAAUGUUAAUAUUGUUGUAGGGGGUCAAAUAUGAAGUAAAUAACCACACCAAGGGUUCAGUAAAACAGCAAUUUAUUACCUUAUAAUAAAACCCCUGAAAUUAUACAAUUACAGUAUAAAUAACAUAAUCCAACAUAUAAAAUCAAUUCAUUCAUAAUCAUAUUCAUUAAAAUAAUAUAUUACAUAUUAACACUAAAAUCUCUAUUCUAACUACUACUUUUAUAUAUACUUAGUCUAUAUAAAUACUUUAAAGGGAAACUACCUCCUGUUAACCCGUAUGAAAUAUACAGGCAUAAUCUAAAUAAUCUUACUAAUAAUAAUAAUGUUCUUACCCAUGAAGGGGUUUUUAAUAAAGUAACCAGAGUCUGGAACAAGGUGAAGUACCUUAUAGCUCUGUCUGUAAUAAAAUAUGGGGUAUUUGAUAUUAAUUAUAUUAUUAAAGCGAAAUGCUUUAAAUAGUGUUACUAUUAUAAACUGUAUGCCUUGUAUUUGCAGAAUGUAAUUAACAAAAACCAGAUUAACUUUAACUUAUUUGACAAUUUUACUUAAAACCUACAUGUCCGACAACUUUAACAAAGACAAAUAAAAUAUAUAUAAACUUAUAAAACUGAUAAAACAAAUAGCCACACAUACCUUUAAACUGUAAACAAUAAAUCUGUAGAUAAUAAUUCUUCCAAUACCAAAUACACACAAUUGAUACGAAUAAAUGAAACUAUUAUUAUAACUAUUGAAACUUUAAAUAUAAAAUCACUACCAAGGUUGAAUGAAAUAUUCAACCUCACACUACAAGAUUCUAUAAGUAAGUGACCAAGGAGAUAGGAAAUACAAAUCCAAGAAACCUUUGGGUCAAAGGUGAAAAUUGAAUCCCAGUGACCAGAUGAUGAACUCGAACUCACUGGUUAGAAGAGUGUACAGAACAGGAUAGUUUAAAGAUGCAUUGAUGUGUGACAUAUUACUUAAAAUUACAUUAGUAUUGUGAUCAUAUUAAAAUACCCAUAAACUAAAUAAAAUCACUCUACCACAAUAUUUUGAUUUAAAGUCUAUAAAGUAAUUGCCUAAAAGCAAGAAUGGUCUUGACUGUACUGUUAUAAUCUUUGGGGUGCCAAUAGGAUUAUUAGUAGAAAGCUCGAAAUAAAGAUUUAUACAUUUAACAAUGCAGUCAGAUCUGUGCCAAUCAAGUGUCAACGCUUUUAAUUUACUUAGGGCUUAAAGCUUAUUAACUAAUUCAAUAUUUUAUUGUAAAACUUUUACCCAAUGAAAGUUAUAUAUUAGUUUAACUUCUUUUCAUUUGAUUUGUUACAAUAUAUUUUUAUCCCUAAUUUUAUCUUGAAUCUGAUUUGUUGAAAUGAUUGGCCUUUUGUCUGUAUGUAAAUUAGUUUGUUUAAAAGACCCCUACACAGACAGAAGAGACAUGAAAAUAUACAGGGAGAUCAGAUGAGAUAGGAGAUAAGGUUAAGACGUUUAGUAACCCUUUGAUAUGAUCUUGUAAAUAAUGUAUUUUUAAACUGUAUAUAAAGUAAUAUUGAAACAGA